CCUGAGCAAACAAAAACACCAGGCGCUAAGCUGACAGUACAUGCAGUGGCAUAUAGUCUCUAAAAGUCCACUUAAGUCUUGCGAGGAGUACUCACAGGAAGGGAGGGAGAGACGGCCGCUUUGUGGAAGAACUGAGAAGGAACACAAAGUGAAAAAAUAUGGGCAGUGAGCACCAGCAACCAGCCUCGGCACACUCAUGCAGAGGUUUACCCAUCGAGACGACGGAGUGCUUCAUAUGCAGGGAGGCUGAACUUCUAGCCCGUGACCCGCUGAGGCAUUUCUGCGACUGCAAGAAUUUACUUGCCCAUCACGUGUGUCUGUCCACGUGGAUCCAGAAGGGAUGUGAGAGCGGGGACAGGCUGCGCUGCAUUAUCUGCAAAGCCAAGUACGAGCUGCAGAGGACCUCUCCAUGGCGCUCGGUGAGCUUCCAGUGCCAGACGUGGCUGAUGCUGAUCACCGGCUUGGCUUUAAUGGGUCUGGUACCUUAUGUAGUUCACUGCAUGAUGACUGCCUUCACCAGGCCUCCUCCGCCCACCACCUUCAAAGUGGCAGCAGCUGCUUAUGGUCUGCUGGCAGAGAUCCUGCUGAUCAAGUGUCUGUGCAGCUACCUCAGCGGCUGUUACCGGCGGGCGGCGCAAAACUCUUUCACCAUCCGGGCCAGAGGCCCCGAGGAGCACAGGACGAGUCAGGGCUGCUGCAAUCGGUCCGAGGCCUCAGCAGAGGCAGGCCAUGCUUCAUCAGAGCGGAGCGUGGACGAAAGCAAAGAGGGGACGUCUCAGCAUCUUCUGGACCAGCAACGGGAGGUUACGGAAAGCGGGUUGAGAGUAAAUCCUGUGGACCCAUGAAAGAGUGGCGUCGCUUCAGCACGGCAGUCAUGAGAUCUAACACUUUAAAACCUACUUUAGAGGCAAACACAUUCACAUUCCGUCGGUAUGUUUUUCACUUAUUGCAAAUUGACCAAAAAGAAGCUAAUGCAUGCAGCUUGCUCGAGUGUGCUUGAGGGAAAAGGGAAGCAAAUAAAGCCUGGAAUCGCUCUCUUUCCUUAAUGAUGUCCACACAGAGACAAUGGGGCGCCGCUCUGAUUAGUGUCACCUGUCCUUGUGCAUCUCAUCAGCUCCGUAAUGGCUCCAUCUCGCAUGCUUCUUCAGCUAAUUGAAUGGCCUGUGAAGUGGUUUACGAGGACGGGGCGAGAGCAACGUCUGUCCAGCUGCUACUUCAGAAAUGAGAGAAGCUUCCCAGCGAAAGAUUACUGUAGUCCUUAAAACAUAAACCAUUACCGUGGAGAUGGAAGACAAGUGGCACUCCUGUUGUAUAAGCUUCUUUUUGUCUAUAUAUCCCGAUAAUUAAUAAAAGCUUUUAUUUAGCAUAUACAAUAUAUUUUUCAUGUGGGGACAGUAACAACAUUCCAGUGGCACACAAACUCAAGUGGGACAGUCAGCUUGAGCGGAUGGAGCGACACACGCCGCCGACACGUCGGGCCGAAGUCGAGCCCCAUAAGAUGGAACAUAAAGGGCUCUCCAUCUUCAAUUUGCAGCCAUGUGGCAUGUACAAUGCCACAUGGCUGCUGUCUGCAGACCGCAAUGUUAUUCCCCUUUGGCUGUGUUAGUGACGCCAGGGAAACGGGUCUGCACAGCAGUUUGUAUUUAGUGUAUAAUAAUGAUAAUAAUCUAUGAUGUGAGAGACUGUUUUACAUCAAUGACAAGAACGGUCAUCCCCUUUAUUAAAAGUUCCGUGAGGAGGAGACGUGUAAGAGAAAAAUGGAGAAUUUUCCCAAACACUCAAAUAUAUCAAAAGAAACAACAACUGCCUUUAGCAGUGUUGACAUUGAACAGAGAAGAAGGAGACCACGAAGUUAAAUACAGUAUUGUUAUGACAACGGGGUAGAUGAGACCAGCACAGGGAAGCUCACAUGCACUAAUGGUGGUGGGAGGGGGUGAAGAAUACUCUGUCAGUAACGGAGCGUUCUUUGCUAAUGAGCUAAAUGUUUGUUACAGUAGGUUUGACUCUGUGGGGCCAGUGUGGGACUGUGACAAGCCAGAAAAAGGCCACUGGCCAAGACGGACUACAGGCACAUGUCCUUAAAGAGCCAAUUAAAAAGAGUCUUUACAAGGUUAUUCCAGUACUUGUUAAAAAGACGCACAGUGCCUAAAUCAGGGGAUCAUUAUGUCUGUGCCCAUAAAGCCAAAAGCGUGUGUACCACAUGACCAGCUCUGCCCAAAGAGAGCGUUCUAACUUCCUCCGUAGUACAGUGAUAUUCUAGAUACAUUACAUUUGUGGACUUUGUUCAGAUUUUGCCUCUAUGAGGACCACAGAGAGUCUCCAUCCGUGUAACAAUGUCUGUUUGUACAGGUACUCCUGAAGGAUGUAUUCUCUGCACACAAAUGGAUUCAAGAUCAAAGAGCUGAGUUUGUCAUUAGACUGCAGAUUACAUUACAUGUCAUUUAGCUGACGCUUUUAUCCAAAGCGACUUACAUUGCAUUAUAACCCACGCGGUACAUUUGGCCUGGGGAGCAUUUGGGGGUUGGGAGUCUUGCUCAGGGACACUUUGACAUGGGGCAGCGAGAUUCAAACCACCAACCUUGCGGUUCCCAGCGCACCACACUACUCCACGCGCCACCAUCGCAGAUGUGAUCAUUUGGGCCAUUGAACGUUUCAGAUGUCUUUGCACACCUGUGGACUUCCACUUUCACGGAAAAUACAAAGUUUAUUUUGAAGAAAUAAGAAAACCCUGAUUGAAAACGUUUUAACAUUCCACUUGACUUGUGUCACCUGAUGAACGAGCCAGCAGGCCUAGUAUUGUUGCGUUAUGAUUGAGAAGCGGAGUGAGCUGUGAACCCUCCGGGAGCUCAGAGAAAGCCUUCAUUUUCUGACAGUGCUUUAUUUUCCCAAGCAACCAAACAUCCCUUUUUAAAGGGCCUUAUAUUCCAAGUGCAAUCAGCAUUUUAAACAUUGCUCCUAGAUGUUCUUGUUGUUUUGGUACGCCACAUACAGUUUUACACUCUCAGUAAACUUGUACUCUUAAGUAAGUCAGAGGCCAUCGAUGUAACUGUUGUGUAUUACUGCCAGCUCCUAACCCACCGUACCUCAUACAGGUCACAGAUAGACUGGUAUUUUUUUUGAAGAAUCUCAAUAUCUUUGUGCUUUGGGUCUUCAGUAGUGGAUUAAUGUGCUUUGGGUGUUCUUAUUGAAUACAUGGGGCAUCAGGACAGUGUAUGAGGGAUUGAGUGAUUAUAACCUGCAGUGUGUUGUUGUGGUAAUGAAGGAACAGUGGGGCUCUUUGUGUUUUACUAGAAUCCACAUCCACUGGAACAGUGGAUACAUGAGGCUCUGGAUAAACACACAGUACUGUUUAGGCCGUUUCGUGGGUUUGUUGACAAUAAGAAAAGGACAGCAGGCUUGCUAAAGGACACAUAUUCAUACUUUUGGAGAUCCGUCUUGUCACUUUUACCCCCUUCAUUACAGGUGGAGGCCUUAGAUCUCUCCCUGAGCCAGUUGUACAUUGGAGUGCAAACACAACGUCAUCCAAACCUUUUGGUUUAUGUUCUUUCUGUUAUUGAGUUGUUGUGUACAAACCUGUGCAAAGUUAACGCUGAUGAUGUCAUCUAAACUACCCCGAUGGCAUCAUCUGAGUUCUUAGAAAACAAACAAACAAUCCUCUAUAAAAAUGUUAUAGGACAUGUAUACCAUCAACAACUGAAUGCUGUGUUACUUUCAACUUUCAGUUGAACUAUUAUAUUACAUUAAAAAAAAUCUCAGUAUGGAAAACUUGAGUGUGCCUCUCUGAUGUUUGCACUGAAUCCUCUUCUAUCUGUGUUUGGUCAAGCAAAGAUGCAUAAGAUAUUUUCCAGAUCUGCAAAAGAGAAGAGAAAAAAAUUAUUUUAUUUUGAUUGGAUAAACAUUGCCAGCUGUGAAGCAGGGCUGUAACGCUGGUACCUCUCCUGCCAGGCAGGAGCUGGUGCCUGAGGCACAGCUAAUGUGAAAAGAUCCUCCCCACUCUGCCGCGCUCCGCUAGCAGCAUCCCGCUCAGUCCCUCUCCGUUCCACCUCUCGGCCACAGCCAAGUGACUCUCAGCUGUGCGCCUCCUCGGCCUCGCCCUUCCGUAGACACAACAGAGGAGGUGCAGCAGUAGCUCACACUCCUGUAUCUGCUUAAUGGCGCCACAACAGGCCGUCAGAGGCUUCCCAGUGUCCCCGUGCCUGUGUGGUUCCGGGGGGCUUAAUGUGGGGCCAGAUGGACACUUUCAUGAGUGUAUGAGUGUGGAUUAUUGUGCCAUCUACAUCUGGGGCUCCACAUGGUACAACAGACUGCGGUAAGAAAGGCAGGUGGGCACGUGGGAUGAGCAUCCCCUCCGGGGGGGCUGUCUUGCUUCGAUCCCCCACCGACAGGCCAUCGCCCGCGAAAUGUCGGACCGAAAGGUUGUCCUCAACUUCCUGUCAGGCGGCAGGUGUCCGUCGGGACUACAGCGCUCUUGUCCAAAACAUUUAUUUUUCUAGUAUGCACACCUUUUAGCCACAAUAUUCAGUAAAGUGUCCGCCUCGAAAACACUUGGUAAUGUGGACGGGAGGAGCCGGGGAUGAUUAAUGGCCUUCCUACGGGCUCCAGCUGCCCAGGCCACUGCCAUCAACACAUUAGCACAUAACGAUCUGAUUCAUAGCUGUCGGGCCUCGUCAGUGGGUCAAGCAAGCAGAUCAGAUGUCAACGCAGCGGGCAGACAAUGGGAAGUACUACUGUGUGGCACGGGAAAACUAAUUGUUAAGUCAAGCAAGAGACAUCCCAUCCACGGGAGUUUUAAUAAUUGAUAAAUCUUUUAAGGCAGUAAUGAUUUUCGCAGCCACUUCGGGGGAUGCAACAAGCUGUAAACGCAACAUCGGCAGAACUUUGUGCAAUUGAUAAGGAGAACUUUUCAGUUGCUGCAAACUCACCCUCAUGUUUUUUGCCAUGUCCAUGUACAUAAAGGUUCAAUAUUCGCUCGGCUUUUAUCUCGUUCCAGAACGUUCUUUAGCUCUUUCUUUAAUGACUCACUAUGUCCAAAAGCAGUUGGCGAUAUUUUCUACAUGUGCUGGUUGGUGCUGCGCAGGUAUUGAAGAUGAUUCAUUAGAGCUCUUUCUGCUGAACGCAGCUGGCUGCUGUUACUGGGAACGAGGUCGAUGGGAGCAGAGAACAUAGGCCAAACUGAAAAGGGCUGGACCAGUUAACCAAAACAUUGAGCUGAAAGAUAUUUCAUUGUGGGUUCAAUGUUGGUACAAUUAAAAACACUAAACACUGAACUGCUUUUCGACGACAUGCAUUAAAACCGCCCUUUUUUAAUGUGAACUGGCAGCAUUAAAGAGGUUCAGUUUGCAAUAGCAGUAAUUUAGCUUUAGCUUUAAUACAGUAAAUCAUUUCCUGUGAAUCCUUUGUGCUUUGGUAGGAAUACUAUUCCUGUUCACUGGUUACCAGUGAAAGACACACCUCCUCAGACUACACCUCGACUAAAAACACUAACAAAUUGUAGCACUUAAAUUGUACUCUUUUCUAUAACAAGUUGUAAAUUGGCUUCUUCUGGGUUUGUAUCCUUUUGGUUGAAAUGCACGUCGCAUUGGAUAAAAGCGUCAGCUAAAUGACAUGUAAUGUAAUAUAAGGCAUAAGAAUGGUGGACUCUGCCACUAACAAUAAAAACUCAAGUUAGUCACGUGACUAGCAGCACUAACAACUCAUAUGAUCAAAUGCCAAAGUACACUUUUAGUGUGGCAUGGCUCAGGGACAGCAGCCUGGACCUUUUCAUCUUAAGUCCCACCACACUAUCUCACUCUGUAUUCAGUACCAAGGACCAGGGGGAGUUCAGAUGGCAUGGCACAUGUGUUUGUCCAGCACAUUUCCACAACAAUGUAAUUCUAUGUGCCUCACGUAAAACUAUAAUACAAUCAAAACAUCGUCUGAAACCAUUCAAGUAAAAACAGACUAAAUAAAAGUUGCAAUGCGGAUUUUGAAAUUAACAGUAAAAAACAUCCUUGAAUCUUUAAUUAAAGGCAGCAGCAAACACAAAAGUAUUCAGUGUCAGUUAGUAGACUUGUUUGACGGGUUGGGAGUGAGACCGGGUUGCUUAUUUCUCAUUAUAAAUAGACUGAAAAAUGUCAAAAUCAAAUAAUAUUUUAUUAGAGCUUUGAGUGUUUAUCAGGUGCACAUUUCCUUAGGCUGGCAAACACUUGAUUUAAAGGCACGGCGAGCAGAAACAAAAUCCUCUGUGUGUGUGUGUGUGUGUGUGUGUGUAGAAGCAAAUUGGAAUCACAAAAUCAUUUCUUCCCGAAAUUCAAAUUUGCAUUGAGCCUGCUCCCAAAAGUCAACCUGUUAAUGCACCCUGCUCAUAUCACAUUGAACUCAAGCCAAGGCCUAUGUGAAAUCAGAGCUCAUUAGCCGAGUCCACCUCAUAAUGAGCGGCCGGAUCCAUCAGGAGGGAUAAAUGUCCCGCUCUGCGCUGACUGAGAUCCAGUCGAACAUGCCCGCAGUGCUUCAGACCACAUGCGCACCACAUAUUCUCUUUGAAGCACCAAUACGCAGAUUUGAAUCUGAGUGUCUCAGUGCCAAACCUCCUGGGCUGUGAGUGACGGGGGCUCGGCUCUAGAGUUGGCUACCUGUUGAGGAGGAUUAAAGGAAAUACAGAUGGUGUUUACGUAUUAAACAAAUUCAGGCAAUCUCUUAGUCGAUGAUCACAGAAAAAAGGCUUUCGUCAAGAGAGGUCGCAGUUCAAAGGGGAAGAUGGCAGAUUGAUUCAUUGCGUCUUUACCUUUUCAUGAAUUGUCACAGUUUUGAGUGUUCCACACGCCAUCUUCCCUGGCCGCAGAUAGGAGGACAUAAAUGAUGUCUUUUUUUCCCCCCCAGCCGGUGAUAGAAUCAGACACGACCCUGAGAUCACCUCCGGAGGACGGAGGCUGCUGAGUGUCCGGCGCCGCGUACUCGGGCCGUCAGCGCAGCACGCGGCCCGCUCCGAUCCGCCGCGUGUCGGCCCGAAUAAAUUAAAUGAAUUACCAGCUGCCUUGUGCGAGCUCACCGGAUGCAGGGUGGCAUUAGCACGCCAUUAGAGCGAUGAUAAGGAUAUCUGCAUGGCCUUGUGUUAAAGGAAUUACACAUAGCAUCCAGGGACUUUAAGGGGCCUGACAGUUUUGCGCACACUGGCAAGUUAAUGUGACACGAGAAUGUGUGCGGCUAGGAUGCUGCUCGGCCGGAUUUGGGGCUGGGCGGGGGGGGGGCACUGAGCAUUCGGCUUGCUGAGAAGUCACACAAGGAAAAAGAAGAAGAGGAGCAUGGAGUGUUAUUGUGAUGAAAAUGGGCACAGUGUGGUGCUCAAAUAAUGCAUUAAUACGUCCUCUUUGUUGUGCGGAUGAAAUCACAUUAACACUAAAUGACGUCCUCCAAGGCUUUUUAAAGCGAUACGACAUCGAACCCCGACUUUGCAGGAAGUGCUCACUGCCCUGUGCAGCUGCUUUUCUCUCAAGCUUGGAUAAGCACAGAUGAAUAGAAAGGCUGCUUUGGAAUCCCGGCCAUUAUACUGGCUGAGAACAUUUACAUAAUAUUAUGUAUAUUGUAUUCCAAAUGUAGCCUUUAAGCUUAAACCCAAGACACGUGGCGAGGUGUCCGAUAACUUUGCCUUGUACCUCUAAUCUGAUGCCGGGCGGAGCAGACGGAUCGGCCCGGACUUCGGCGGGUUGAUUUAUGAUUGAGGACACGUUAAUAAAAAUAUCAAAACAAUCUGAGCUCUGGCGGGGGAGAUACCGGUCCGCUAGGUACAUCAUGGCCGACAGGCCCGUGCAGGGGAAUCGCCCCGCUCUGUGGUAUUAUGCUCCCAUGGAUGCCCUAGCUCCUGAAUAGAAGACGCAGCUGUUGUUUGCUUUUUUUGGGGGUGGAGGGGAAGCACUACUCGCACAAGGUGACAUUUGCAUCUGCUCAACCCUGGCCCGACAGGUUUUGCCUCCCUUCAAAUACCACGCCAAGUUGAAGUUGAGCGUGUUUCGCCCGCCCUUUAAGUAGAGCCUCGCGUGCGACCACAUUAUACGCAGCAGUCCAGGAAAUGUGCUCUUCCUAAAGGAUGCAUGCGGCAGCUCACCGGAGAGACACACUCCAAAUGGUUCAUUAAAUGCCUUGAAUGACUGGGUGAAAAUAUAUAGCGCUGUGUUCACUUCUCACACCCAUUUUUCCUUUUUUUCCCCCCAUUUUCCUUCUCUCCCCUAUCGCCUUUGAUGGAUUUAUAUCGAGUACGGGCGUGGACGCGGAGUAAUUUAGUGCGUGUUAAAAGCCGUAGCAGGGAUGCAGCCUGUAAUGCUCACUCAAUUCCACUUCCAAUAUCGCUGCUCCUGAGAUAUCUCAGUGAUUUUCUGUCUCCGCGGCUCGCCGAAGACAAAAUCAUCACAAAGCACUCGGGUCAAAAGAGAGAAUGAUCUCAAACUUGGGAUCCACUCCAAACAUACCCUGACGCCGUUGUCAGGGAGCACGCGGUGUGCCGGCGUUGUCAGAGUGUUACAUUGAUGCAGCAUCAAGUCUCGAGGUGUUCUGUGAAAAAGUCCUUUAGGUCUCCAAAGGCGUUUGAAAGGGAUUCAACCCAAAUGCAGUAAUCCUUCACUUUUUGGAACGUGCCACUUCCAAAAAGUGGCAAAAGUGAAGUUGUUCUUUUUUUCAGCAAGCCAACACCGUUGGACAUCAGAAGUACCCAACCACAGGAGAGCAGGACACUUGCCAUAAAAGGACGUGUUUAGCACAGAGAUCUGUCGUGAAAUUGAUCUGUCGGAAUGACACAACCACACAUGUGUUUGUGCGUCACUUGUCACGGCUCCACCGUGACACCAGCUCUGCUCCCGGUUGUUCUCUGUGUGGGUGUGUGUGGUGUGUGGUGUGUGGUUGGGGCGUGGCUGUAAUCGGCUGGCAUCUGGCCUCCUCACCUGUGGAUCUUUAGUACCCGGCUUCCAGUGGUCUCGUCGCCAGAUGGGUUCUUCACCAGUGGUAGAUAUACUCUCUGCUCCUGUGAGUAUGGAAAUCAGUUCGUUGGUGCGUUGCUAACGCUGAACCUGUGUGUGUGUUUUUUCACUUCCAACCCAGUGGAUCUCCAGGCAACAUUGCCGCCUCGCCACUGCAGACCAGACAGGACAAAGAAAACGUUCCACCUAUCCUGCAAUCUCUGUGUCUCCAUCUGGGUCCCGAAUGAACCGCCCCUAACAUCACUGCUGGUCUGUUUCCAUGUUUCCAUACAGGACUUAAUGACUACAGGCCUGCUGCCCUGACCUCUGUGGUCAUGAAUCCUUUGAGGUCCUGUCCCACCUAAAAACCUUUACGGACCCCCUGCAGUUUGCCUACAGAGCCAACGGGUCAGUAGAGGAUGCGGUCAACAUGGCCCUCCAUUUCUUCCUCCAGCAUCUGGACUCCUCGGGAACCUACGCCAGGAUCCUGUGUGUGGACUUCUGCCCGUUAUCCCAUUGCGUUGGGUUGUGAGUGCAGUGGAAGCGUCGCUGACCUGUGGCCGAACGCUUCCUGUGGCCACACCAAUGGAGGAUUGGAGCAGCGGCAGGUUUGCUACGCAGCCGGCGUAUGCAUAGUGUCAUUAAAAAUAAACCAAUCCAGUUUCUUCUGAGCCCACUCACUAUGCACAUUGGUGCUUUGUAAGGUUGCUUAGAUUGGUGAUUUGUUUGACAUCAGCUGACCUCAUUGGCUUUUUCCACGAUUGGCCCCUGUAACAUGUUUCACCUCCAGCUCCCAUGAAAACCACCAGUUGUCAUUUAGCUUUGGCAACGCCGCCUCUAUUGAUUUUAAACAAGGCCGUAGUUUUCAAUCACUGUUCCCUAACAGUGCAGAAUAACAUUCCUUCAGGAUUCAUUUCGCCCAGUGAGAGCUGUGGCACCGCGACACCGCCAACCUGAGACUACCAAGUACCAAUGUCAAUGUCAAGAGGGGGGGCAAGCAGCUCAUUUCCUCCAGGAACGCACUAACAAAGCAGUCAAUUCAACCAUUAAUUAAAAGAAAUCACAAUUCAGUGAACACUUCAAAUGAAUCUUUUGAGAUUUGCUCUCGCAUUCUGCGUUCCUUUUGUCUGGUGGAAGGGAUCGCAGCUCGCGAGCCGUGUCGUUUGUCUCUGCACGCCGCUAACGGCGUCCAGCUCCGUUAGCAGAGCGUGUCGCUAACGCUGGCAGUUCUAGCAGUUUGACUCCAAAGGGAUCCAUCCGGUGAGCGCGUGAAUACACUCGUCGUAGCAUUAGCACCAACACAGCCGGUGGCCAGGGCUAGAAGCGUCAUCCGAGAGACAUAUUUUCAAUAUUAAUCAGACUUUAUUUGUGUAUCACAUGACAGGCAUCUUGUUUUACCGCCGUCCCUCCACUCCGGCCUCUCCGAGCUGUUGGUCCGCUCAGUCACUGGGGCCCGGGUUAUAAAUACUCCAAGCCUGGCGUCACCACAGCAGGGAGCUACUUGGAGGGUGAUAAGGUGCUAAUUAGCGACUGUUAGCAGAGGUAGAAAAAAAGAAAGCGCAGAAUGAAGCACACGUGUCCCGCCGCUGUUCCUUUCUCUUCUGAGCGCAGACAGCGAGACUUGAGAGAUGUCCCUUAUUAACACUGUGUACAAGGCGCUUUUUUUCCUCCUUUCUUUUUUUCCCCUUGUCUUCCUUCCAGGCAAGCCAGGUCUGACAAAUUAAUGCUGCUGCGGAGUCAUUAGAUUAAGAUAAGAACUUAUCUUUUACUCCGAGACAGACUUUUAUCUAUUGUAUUUUUCUUCUUUCCCAUCUCUUUCGCCUCCCCCUCCUCCCGACACACACAUUCAAUGUGAGAUUGUUAAAGUAAUUGGGAUGUUAUGUGACCAGAAAGGCCAGAUAAGUUUUUAACCCUGCCACGGGAUUAACCUUUCAUGUCCAAGGCAGGUUACGAAAGGUGAAGCAGGAGACAUGUUAGGACUCAUUUAAAGGAGUCUUCAUGUAUCAUGUUGGAGGAAGGCAUGUUUUUGGUGCAGGUACAUGUGCCAGGAGGUCUAGAAAGGACUCCCGUGUGCUGUCAGGGCUUAUUAAAGCAUAAGAAGUGUUCUUUUAGGGUCGCUGAGCAAGAGCGGUGUGGUGUCUCGGUCUCCGAGUACAUACUUUAGAGACGUUCAACCGGGUUUCAUCACACAUCUAUAUAUACUUUUUAAAGUUAAUCACAGUCGCGCUCUGUUGGGUUUCAAAGCCGAAAGAAGAAGGCGGGGGGGAGAUGAAUCUCUUUCAUGAUACAAUCCACAGCAGGAUAAUUAGGGAAGUAGCGCUCCGAACAUCAAAUCAACACUCGCCAUCAGAGGCUUUGUCUUUGUCUACAAGCUGCGCAUGCAUUCGACCCGAUCUCUGAUGCUCCUGUACACCUUCUGCGUUACUAAUAUCCACGAGAACUACCAGAGCCCCGAGCAGCGUGAUUAGAGCAUUGGGCUUUAUUAUUCUUCAAAGCAGAACUUAUGAAAAACACCUGAAAUAAAUGAGUCGGGCUCUUAUGGCAGCAGCUAGUGCAUAUCUAUCAUCCCCGAGUUUAUGAUCCUUUGUUUUAAAGGUCAUUGCACCACCGCGUUGAUAUGUAGACGUUUCUUUGAAGCACUAAUUGUGUCUACAUUCUUGACCACUUUGUCAGACAACUCCACACUAGAGCAGCGCAAUCAGAGGAGUGCAAGACGCUUGUUUACUGCGAUCAGGAUAACAAGGACGAGUCUGUGGGAUAACGAAGGUCGAAAACACUAUAUUUUCCAUUUUAAUGGUGUUUUAAGCGUGGAAGCUGGGGGAGAGGGAGCCCACGGAAUGUAACUAAAGGAUCGGAUUCAGCGUGAUCCAAAUGGCAAGGGGAGCUGUUGGGCACGAUGACGUUCCUUUGAUGUGAGCUAUAACUAGCUUUAAGCUGGGAGCGGGCGCGUCCUCACUGAUGUGUGUACCCCACUUAGACGAGGGCCACGUUGUCGCGUGAGCCAACUGUACCUUUAAUUUGAAAUUCUCUAAUGUCUCAGAUGGGACGGCAUUAAAGGCCGCGGGUCGUUAGUGCAUUGUGGUGUUUGCCCACAACUGCGUGUCAUCUCUUGGAUAUUUGUCAUAUUCAUCAAUGGCCUGCAUAAUGGGAUGAGAUAUUAUUUACAUAUCGGAUCAAAAUUGCCAGAGGAGGGCAUUAAUUAUUGAAAAACUGACGGAAUCAAAAGAGCAGCGUCC